UUACUCUUAUGAUUAUUAUAAAACUAUUGAAUUUAUACUAAGUCAUAGUAUCGCGUAACUUUAAUGUGGUACAAUCAGUUUUUUUACUUUUUUUUAUAUACUGCUAUUAUGUGAGCAUCUUCAGAAAAGCUUCAAAGACUACGUGGAAUAACAGAACUUUAUAAGCCAUACCAGAAUAAAGUAAUGACAGAAGUUCUAGCUCAUAAGAACGAGCGAGUUAGGCGAGUACGUAAAAAGAAAUCUGCCAAAUUAGUAGAACGUAUAGAUUUAUCAGGAGAUCAAGUAUCUGAAGGAUCUAUAGGUAGUGAGAGUUCUAAAUUUAAUGUUAAUGAUUAUGUUCAUGAAAUUUCUGUUCAAGAUCAAUUUGAGAAUGAUUUAGAUUAUUUAUUGAAUUCAGAUAGUCAUCCAAUAUCUAAUGUACAAAUUUCACAACCCAUUAUACAAGAACCUAUUAAGGAAGAAGUUGAAGUAGAAACAAAGAAAUCUCGAAAGGGUAAAUUGUUAAAGGUAUCAAUAGCAGAUAUAACAAAAGAUAUAGAAGAUAUACAAUUUUCAAGUGAUAGUGAGGAUGAGAAAGUGAAAGUGAAAGAGAAAGAGAUAACUCCCAAAAAAUCUAAAAAGUCCAAAAAGCCAAAAAAGGAAGCUGAAACAGAGUCUCCAAAUAGUAAUGGGCAUACAAAGAACGAGUCAAGAGAGGAUCCAGAACCAGAACCAGAACCAGAACCAAUUGAUUUUGAAGAUUUCAUAAAUGAACAGGAACAAGUUCAGAUCGAUCGUAAGAAGGUUAAGAACAAAAAGAGGUGGAAUAGAAGACAGAAAUCAAGACAGCUUGCUAAGGAGUCAGCUGAACAGUCAGAUAAUAUAGUGACAUCAACUUCUGCUUCAGCUACUCCUGAACCUGUAGUUGAGCAAGAACAAGAACAAGAAACAGAUGAUUCUAUAACUCCAUUCAAUGUUAGACUUCGUCCUACUCCAAAAUCAAAUAUAAAUAGUAGAUAUUCCGAGAAUCUUCCUAAAAUCCAACCUCAAAGAACCAUUAUAGGACUCUCAUAUCGGCAGAUUCUUAAUAUUGAUCCAUCUGAUGUUAAAAUCAAAACCAUCAUAUCUUCAGCUGCCAGUUCAAAGUAUGCUUCAACUGCAUUGAAAUUCUGUAUGAAACAUAAUCAAGACUUGUUUGAUGAUGUAGAUAAAAAGAGAAUCUUUAUUAUAUUAUGUAUUAAUGUUGCAUUAUAUGAAGCUGUAGGAUUCAAGAAUACAGCUCAAAUAUAUCCCAAUGUUUUAGAAUUAUUUGGAGGUUAUGAUGAAAUUAAUCUUGAUACUACUCGUACAAAGCUUACCCCAUCCAAUAGAAAUGUUCAUCAAAACAAUUUGGACUAUUCAGUAUUGUCAUAUUUGGGGAAUAUCUUGAUAUGGGCCAAUCAUAUACAACAUGAACACCAUAUACGUUUAUUGAUUAAACAUUAUGAUGUAUUAUCAACAUCAAUUAUCAAACAAAACUUUGGUGGAUUUCAUUUAUGGGAUAAACUAAUUCGAGAAUCCAAAGGUAUGAAUGCAAAACGUUGGAAACAUAUUGUCAAAUUUAGACAAAACUUCCCAUUUGAAGAAGAAAAAUUUGUGUUAAUAUUAAGAUAUAUGAAUGUUGUAGAAUCUACAUAAGUAUAUAGUUAAUAUAUUUAUAUAUCAUAGAGUGAUACAUAUUUAGUCAACUAUGUAAAUAUUUAAUUAUUAGUUCUAUGUCUAGAUGGUGUCAAAAAGGAUUAUACCAGUAAAGCUCAGAAUGAUACUACUUCACAUAAUUAUCCGUAAUGACUAAUGGUAUAUUCUCAUUCAAGUGUAUGUAUUUAUAGGAAAUCCGAUUAUUAUGUUUUACGGGCGGAGAUAAUAGGGGGUGGUGACACAUCAUAUUUUUAAAUAAAAUUAUGUUUGUUUCAGAUUUAUUGGAAAGAGUAUAAAUAACAGUUGUCUACGUCUACGAUUUGAAGUUCGGUUUUGUAUCUAUCAGUAGUGUUUCUGAUGAAUCCUAUUUGUUUUAUUUUGGGGAGAAUUCCACAUGCUUCAGAUUGAUGGUCAAAUCGAGAACCAUGCAUUUAUGCCACAA